AUGCCGCGACGGAAGUCCGUUCAGUUGGAGGAGCUUGAACGGCCGUCUCACCGCCGAAGCUCUGCUGCGGGGAGACAGUCCACGGUUAAAGAGGAACAAGGUGGCCCGUCCGGCAAUGAUUAUGCAGCCAUGUACGCGCCUCACGACGACCCAUCACUCCGACGAAGCUCGCUGGAUUGCGUCCGCUCCGCGCGUCGUUCCGGCGCUUCCCUGCCUCGUGCCAACGGUCCGUUUGGUGCUGCGUGUGAGAGCAGCGUUCAGGCUCAGCCAGACGCGGCUUACAGCCAACAGCGAAGUUCCGAUAGCGAGGAUGAAGUGAGCAGCGGGCCCGGCGGAGGGGUUCAGUCCCGGUCGUCGAGACGGCACCAGCAGAGCAAGUUAGGGCAACAUGAGCCGCGGAGCAACCCGUUUGAUUACGAGAUGGAGGAUACGCAAGUAGUCCCCGGACAAGGCGAUAUCGCCAGAAGGAAUGCCCAUUACUAUGCGGGUGGUUGCGGUCGCACGGCCGCUGCCGAAGGGCCGUCAGCGCAAGUUGAUAACCGGCGCGCGCGGAGUGCGUGGAUGAAGAGGAGAUGGCGGGAGCUGAGGGCGCUGCAGGCGCAGCAGGUGGCGGAGGCGGAGGGCAUGGGGGGAAAGGGGCAGGAGAUGGAAAGGCGGAGGGUGACGCGAGGGGAAGGCAAGAGGCGGAGGGAGGAAGGGGAUGAAGGUAGUGGUAGGGGGUUGAGUGUGGGCAGGGGGUUGAGUAUGGGGAGGUGGCUGAGUGUGAGCAGGGGAGUAGCGAGGGGCAGGGGAGUGGAGAGUGGCAGGGGAGUGGAGAGCUAUAGGGGAGUAGAGAGAGGAACAGGACGGAGGGGGAUGAGGAGGCAAGAGGAGGAAUGGGAGUGGAGUGAGGAAGGGGACGAAGCGGAUUGGAGUAGUGGGGAAUAUGUUAGCGGUGAGGAGGGGAGUGAGGAGAGGAGUGAGGAAGAGGAAGCGGAGGAAGAGGAGGGGGAGGAAGAGGAGGGGGAGGAAGAGGAGGCGGAGGAAGAGGAGGGGGAGGAAGAAGAGGAAGAAGAGGAAGAAGAGGAAGAAGAGGAAGAAGAGGAAGAGGAAGGGGAGGAAGAGGAGGGAAGGGGGGAGGAGGAGGAUGAUGACCUUGCAAUGCCAUCCUCACCCGCUACCACCGUCCCUGCUCCAAGGACUCCCAGCAUCACUCCCCGUACUCAUCCUCGCGUUUCUGGGAAUGCAUGCGGACAGCGGCGCCAUGCAGAUGUGUCUGAAGCUUCUCAUCAAGGGGCAGGCUUGGGGGGAGAUGAAAAUGGCGGAGUGCGAAAGAAGGCUAAAUGGUCCCGUUGGUCGGGGUUCACACGGGAAGAAACGUUUGAAGUGCGGAGAGCUGCUGCCAAUGGGUUGGUGGAUGUGAUGGCUUCUGGAAUGGCUGCCGUUCGCCACCUGGAAGAGUUUGUCGCGGUUUCUGCAAUCCAUGUGACUGGAGUGGUGUCAGUGGAAGAAUUGGAGCAACGCCUGAAGGGGGAAGUGGAACGAAUUGUUGAGAAGCAAAGGCGGAGCAGUCAGAAAUUGGCAAAGGAUUUGGAAGGGGCAUAUGCAGAGUGUGCUGCGAUUCUCAAGGAGACACUAGAGAAGGUUGAGAAAGGGUGA